GCAGCCACGCAUUUGGGGGCUCGGCCCUACGUAAUGGCGUCGGAGGCGCGCGCGCGACUUAAAGCAGCGCGUCGUCCCGUGUUGAUGUGUCGCAGAUUUGAAAAAGUGAGCCAGGAGGACACUUUGCAGGACGACAACCACGCAGCGCGCGGCCUCGGGGGGAUUUGGGUCUCCUGAAGGGGCACUUUAUUCUUGUGACUUUAUUCUUUAUCCUCGCCCUUCUAUUCCCCGCCUAUUGGACACAGCCAGGUUGUUCAGCGCGGGCAUGGAGCUGUCAUCCAUCGGAGACCAAGUGUUCGCAGUGGAGUCCAUCACCAAGAAGAGAGUCCGAAAGGGUAACGUGGAGUACCUACUGAAGUGGCAGGGAUGGCCCCCCAAGUACAGCACUUGGGAGCCCGAGGACAAUAUUUUGGACCCUCGCUUGGUCCAUGCCUACGAGGAGAAUCAGGAGAAGAUCCGAGCUCUGGCCUAUCGCAGGAAAGGUCUCCGACCCAGAAGUCUUGUCCUGCGGAACCUUUUCGCCAUGGACCUCCGGAGCGCCCACAAGCCUCCUGACAAACCUCCACGGCUGCGCCUCUCGCUCACCCGCUCCAUGAGCACGGAUGUGGACAACGGCGAGCAUGGAGGCCCGUACUGUCGCUCAGCGAGGAGGAGGAGCAAGCAGCAGGUGUCUAAGCGGAGGCCGGUCGCCCGGCCGAGCAGGGAAAAGGUGGCGGACUGGGAAGACAUGAGUGAAGAAGAGGAGAAGCAAGAGACUGAAAGCACCGCAGACGAGAGACGCGAAGACAGCUUAUAUGGUCAGUCAGAGUGCAGCUCGCCGCCGGCACUGGAGCGACAGGACCUGGAGAUGGAGGCGAUGGAGGAGAGCGCAGACGUCGUGUGUGACCAAUUGGAGGACAGUGCCUCACGGUUGGACGAUGGAGCAGGAGAAGUGCUGGCCACGGGCAAUCAGGUGGGCGGGGACACAGGUGAGGAGGGGGCGGCGUCACAGCUGGAGAGUCCCAGCGUGCACCUGAGCUCGGUGGUAGCAAGCGGUGAGACAGUGAGUGAUAAUCACUGCGUUACCACGACAACAGAAGGCGGUCUGACUCCUCCGGCUGCAGCGGAGCAUCUUGCGAAGGUGAUCGUGACAAAAGUGACCAUCAACUCGCUGACGGUGACUUUCAAGGAGGCCGCCGAGGCAGAGGGCUUCUUUAGCGGCUGUUAGCCGUUUAGCAACAACCAGACUUGCCACUCAUUUUGUAACAGGUGUAAAUAGUCAUGUUUACAAAGAUACACUCCUUUCCUGCUGAGAAGACAUUAUUGCCUUUGACCUUAAAAGUGAUUUUUAUUAUUGUGACUUUUAUUAGGCAACCAGAUUGUCCACGAAAAUGGCUAAAAAGCUCAAGAGGCAGACAGGGAAACAGCAGUCAAACAAACACACUACUACUUCCAUGCAGCUACUUUUUACUCGGUUGUCCUCAGUGCUUUCCAGCAAGACAUCCCAUUCUGAUGCUGUAUCUUCUCAGGGGCCCCUUUCCAUCGGCCCUCUUUUUCUUACAAAUACCUUUUUGUGCAGACAUCGCCUUCCGGAGCCAAGUUUAUUUCUGUCCCACCAGAAAUAAAACAAAGAGAAGUAAUGACUGCUGCUGCUCAGAUGAAGUUCUUGCAUUUGAAGGAAGAGGGAUACACAAAAAAAAGAAGUAAUGUUGUGUUUGCUGUCUGUUUUAAGUCCUAUAAAUGCUACUUGGUUCUAUUUUUGUAUUACCAGUUGAUAGUCCACUCUUUACACUACUAGCCUUUGUGCUUGUCAAAGGAGGAGAUAUCAUUUUACACUGCUGCUGUUACGCUUUGUAGGAUCAUGUACACCAGGAGUACAUUAGAUCAGACAGUAGUGAGCCUUUGUUAUUUAUUGCAUGUCACGUGUAUAAGCUAAACUAACUUAUGUGUCUGAAUCGUCUUUAUUUCAACUGCAUUUCCAGUAAUUGUGUACUAAAAUAACUGUUUAAUAAAAGUUGUUUUAUGUACAACCUUUAA